AUGACAUCACCAAAGCGGAAAGAGAAAUACCCGCCUGAUUUGAAUGAGGAGCAAAUGUUCUAUCUAGUCACCCAAAUUAAGGAUUGGCAGAUCAAUCAUGGAUCAUUGCUGAAGCUCGUUGAAUCGGACAUAGAACACAGUGUUCUGAGUCAACCCGUCGGAGUCGCCUGCUUCCCUACGCUUUUCCCUCGAGCACGAUUCCAGCAAGCGCUGGGGAUCCAAGAGAUUUAUAAUCGGCUUUACUGCUCCGUCGCUGAAGAUGAGACAUGGAUUUUGGACGCUAUUCGAGAUCUCAUACCCGUUGAGCCCCUUGCGGGUGCCCUCUGGGGGAUCCAUCAAGCCGCGAAGAAAGCGGGAUCUAUCCAGGAUGUGCAUCUGGGUAUAUUCCGGUCGGACUACAUGCUUCAUCUGAGUGGAGACUCGGCAACCUCCCCGAAAGCUUUGCCUGAAACAACUCUGAAACAGAUCGAGUUCAACAGUUUCUCCUGUGCGGGCGCAUCGCAUGCAAACAAAGUAGCAAACAUGCAUCGCUAUCUGACACGGAAGGGCGUUUACACUUUGGACGAUGCUUCGUUUGACGUCGCGUCCCUUCCCGAGAAUAAGACCAUUAGGUCGCUCGCCUCCGCGCUUGCUUUGGCUCAUAAAACCUACGGUCGGCCCAGAAGCAAAUCAGCAAAGCGGACGGCGGUGCUGUUUAUUGUGCAGCCGUAUAAUUUUAACAUCGCAGAUGAGCGACCGAUUGAAUAUGCUCUGUGGAACCGAGAAGAGCCAGUGCCGGCUUAUCGGCUCGAUUGGGGCCCGGAAGUGCUUCAGUAUACACGAUUGACCGAGAAUAACGAAUUGCUUUUCCAACCGCCGUGGUUGCUCUCGACAGACCCGUUGGAGAUUUCGGUCGUUUACUUGCGGGCAGGCUAUGAAGCAGAGGAGUACAAUCUAACCGGUUACGAGGCACGUCUUCAACUGGAGAAAUCCGCCGCCAUCAAGUGUCCCUCCAUCCUGGGCCACUUGACCACUUUCAAAAAGGUACAGCAGGCGCUCACCCUGCCCGGCGCCCUCGAGCGUUUUCUCUCCACUUCAGACGCCGCCGCUAUCCGUGAGACGUUCGUCCACCUGUAUCCAUUAGACGAGACCGAGGCUGGUCUGUAUGCUCGGAGCCUGGUCCGCGAUCAAGAGCGCUGUGUCAACUACAUUCUGAAGCCGUCCCUGGAAGGAGGUGGCAAUAAUGUUUAUGGGGAAGACAUUCCUGGCUUCUUGGCCUCCGUUCCGGAAUCGCAAUGGUCGAGGUACAUUUUGAUGGAGCGGAUCGAUCCUCCGAUAUCGUCCAAUCUUCUGAUGAGCUCCGCAGGGAUCAGUAGUGGAGACGUGGUGUCGGAGCUAGGCAUCCUGGGAUGCUGUCUUUGGAAAGCCAACCCGAGCGAGGGUCACUGUGACAUGCUCCAUAACUCAGUCGGUGGCUGGACUUUCAAAACCAAGUACGCGGAGGUCAACGAGAUGAGUGUGGUGAAGGGGUACGGAUGCUUUGAUACGCCACGCCUGGUUGAUACAUGA